GAGGCAUUCGUGGUUUGUGUCACAGCUACGUUAACUAGCGUGCUUUUCUGCUUUUCAUUCAGGAGCCCAACCUGCUGAUCGACGGGUGCCAGAAAGCAAAUGGAACAGAUCAAGACAUGAGGAGCCUGGUGUACACGAUUAUUUAUGGAUCCAUCAUCGGUCUCGGGCUGCCUCUCAACAUCGUGUCGCUGUGGAUUCUGCUUCGUCACCAUGGAUUCAAGUCACCCAGUGCCGUCUUCAUGGUCCACCUGGUGAUAUCAGACCUGCUGCUUAUCAUCUCUCUUUCCAUGAGGGUCUCCAUUUAUGCUACGGACUCUUGGAAUCUUGAAAAGAUGUGGUGCCUCUGCUUCACGAUGCUCUUUCGCAACAAUGUGCGCUCAAGCUCCAUCUUCAUCACUUUCAUCAGCGUGGACCGGCUGCUGGCUGUGGUUUAUCCAUUGAGGUCAAGGCUUAUUCGAACGCCAGCCAAUGCCCUCAAAGGUUCUGCUCUCGUUUGGCUGAUUGUAUUGCUGGUGAAUAUCCCAGAGAGCGUGGGCUUUAAGAGAAAUCACGAUAAUCAAACGACGUGCUUUGAUGCUGACAACAAAACCACAAAGGCAGGGGACAAAACGCUGGAACAUACAAUCGAUUAUAUUCAGCUUGUGUUGCUAUUAACCAUGCUGGUGGUCAACAUCGUGUCCACAGUUAUGGUCUCCUGUACACUCCAAAGACAUCUAAGUGAGUCUGCAAGGGUCAGUAACAAGAUGAAUGUCAUGCUGAUUUUUGCCAUGAACCUGAUGAUGUUCAUAGUUUUCUUCUUGCCAGUGUCUUUGGUUGUUUUCAAUGAAAAGUGGAGGCCCGUUCUCAGCUGCCUUGCGAGUGUGAACUGCUGCCUGGACCCUCUGCUGUAUUACUUUUCAUUCGACGGCUUUUGGAAAAGAAAGGAGAGUGUGGAAACGACUCUUGCAAAUCGCAGAUUUGAACAAACUGAGAACACCUUCGCUAUAUAGCAAUUAAGCAGAGUUGAGAUGAAAUCCUCAUGUUUUGUAAGGACAAUAAAUGUGUAAAGGUGUGGCUUUACAUUCUGUAAAAAUGG